AUGAUCGAAUCAUUUGAUGAUGAUGAUUCUAAAAAGAGAAAUGAAAUCAGUCACGUCGAGGACUCUUCAAAGUAUGAUUUAACUGUUCAUUUGUCCUCUAAGGAUGAAGAUUCAUCCCUACAAAAUGUGGAUGAUAUUAAAGGAGAUUUUGAAGAAGAAGCAAUCCCACUAUUUGUUUCAAAGGAUGAAAUCCCAGAAUCUUUAAAAGAUUACACCACUGAAGAAUUAGAAAUCCUUGACAAAAAAACUAGAAGAAAAAUGGAUCUAAGAAUCCUUAUUAUGUUAUGUUGGAUUUAUAUUUGUAACUACUUGGAUAGAUCCAACAUUGCUUCCGCAAGAUUGGGUGGUUUAGAAGAAGACCUGCACUUAUCUUCACAACAAUAUCAAACUGCUAUUUCUAUUUUGUUUGUUGGUUACAUUACGAUGCAAAUACCUUGUAACAUUAUCUUAAACAGAUUAGGCAGACCUUCUGUGUUCUUAUCCGUCAUUAUGACUGCGUGGGGUAUAGUUUCUACUUGUACUGGUGCAGUCCAAUCUUAUGGUGGUCUCUUAGCUAUAAGAGUUAUUUUAGGUUUUGUUGAAUCAGGUUUCUUUGGAUGCAGUUUGUAUUAUUUAUCUUGUUGGUACACCAAAAAGGAGCUUGGUCUUAGAAACUCCAUCCUAUACUCAGGCUCGCUAAUCUCUGGUGCUUUCUCAGGGUUGAUAUCUGCUGGUAUCAUUGAACAUAUGGACGGUACUCGUGGCUUAAGAGCUUGGAGAUGGUGCUUUAUUAUUGAGGGUGCUAUCACAGUUGGAACAGUCCCAUUAGCAUAUUUCAUUUUACCAGACAACCCGGACAACUCCAAGUUCUUGACUGAAACCGAGCGUGAUCUUGUUAUGUGGAAGUUGAGAAUGGAAGUUGGUGAUUCAGACUCGGAUAAGGAAAUGCUGGGUGAAUCCGGACACAAUUCUUUCUGGUAUGCGUUGAAGUUAGCUUUGACAGACACGAAGGUUUGGCUAUUAACUGGCUGUUUGACAUUCUUGGUUGCUGCAGCUGGUGUUACCAAUUUCUUCCCUUCUGUUGUGAAGACUUUGAACUACGGCAGAAUCAAAACUUUGUGUUUGACUGCACCACCUUAUCUAAUCGCUAUUAUCACCACAUUUGGAUGGUCAUGGCACUCGGACAGGACUGGUGAAAGAUUUUGGCACAUUGUUUGCCCACUUUUUAUUGCUCUGGCCGCAUUUAUUAUUGCUGUAUCAACACUAAAUACUGGAGCCAGAUAUUUUGCUAUGUGUUUGAUGCCAACCGGUCUUUACUGUUCCUAUACAAUUAUUAUUUCAUGGAUGUCGUCGUCGGUCCCAAGACCCCCAUUGAAGAGAGCUAUCGCUUUGUCCGUCAUGAACUGUGUAUGUAACUCAACAUCAAUUUGGAAUGCAUACCUGUACCCACUAUCUAAUGCCCCAAGGUAUGUUAUUGCGUUCUCCAGUAACUGUGGAUUUAUCGCUGCCUCAAUUUGUUGUGCUGUUCUUAUGAGGUUAUACUUAUUGCACUUAAAUAGAAAGAUCAAAAACGGCACCAUGGACUGGUUCAAGGAGUUCGGUAAUGAUGGCUCAAAGGUCAAAAAUUUCCAAUAUCCUGUUUAA